AUGAGCAGCCACAGUGAGCAUCCCCACGCAAAGAUUCAUGGUUUUGAGGGGAGUAUCAUUCCUCGACGUGUGACUACUACCCACAGGGAAGAAAGUCUUCGAUGGCGUCCUUCUGUGGAACAAAAACUACUCGCCCGUCAUGUGAUGGCACAUAUUCGGCAAUACUUGAAGGGACGUUGUAAGCAUGUCACAAUCUUCGCGGAUCGCUCACUCAUACGCUCAGCGCCCAUGGAACACCGUCCUGAGCCCAGUGACAGCAGCAGCCCGGACGAGGAGCUCUUGUCGGCACCUCCUUUCACGGCGAUAGGGCUGUCCAUGCCAUCAAUAUCAUGGCUGAACCAGCAGCUGGAGUCAGAUGGCGAUGAUAGACCUGACAUGGGAGGCGAAAAAGAUUCCCAGCGCGAACAACCCCAGGAUACCGGAGAUGCCCUCUGCCAGACUAAGUUUCGUGGCAGCACCCUAGCUCCCAGAGCGCGCCCAAGGAGAAUGGCUGCACGCUCACGUGGCAUCCCGUAUAUUGAUUUUACCGCGGAGGCGCCAAAGCUGAAGCGCCAGCUGGAGCAUGCCAGAAGUCGACGACAAGCGUUGGGUCGAGCGGGUCAACGAAGCAGUGGGGAGUACAUGGCACUGUCUCGCGAGAUAGAAGGGCUUUUGGCUCUGGUCACACCCAGCCGAUCCCUGCGGCAGCCAAUGAAAAGAAGACGCCUGAAGCGACAGUUCCCCGUUGGUGUUCACUCCAAGGCACCAGCGGACUAA